AUGGCAGACGCAAUCCUAUCCUUUGCAGUAGAAAAUAUAGGCAAAUUGGUUAUUGAAGAAGGCAAGUUUCUACAAGGCGUUGGUGAGCAAGUCAGACUCCUCCAUGACGAUCUCAAACGGAUACAAAGGUUCUUAAGAUAUGCAGAUACGAAACAGACUGCAAGGGACAGUAUACAACAGUGGGUUCCGGAGUUUAGAGCUGUCGCUUAUGAAGCUAGUGAUUUGGUUGAAGAUUAUGCUUUGAGGGUUUCAAUUUCAAGCAACGGGGGCUUUACAAUUACUCUAAAGAGGAUUGCUUGCAUCGCCAUAGAAGGUUAUGCCCGUCACAAUUUGGGUGUGGAGAUUCAAAGCCUCAGAACUAGGAUCUCUAAUCUCACCAAAAAUUUUGGCGAGUAUGGGCAUGUAAUGACCAGAACGGGGGAAGGAGAGUCGAGUGAUACAUCCAGGCAGCAGCAACUGAGGCACAAUUACUCCUUUGUGGCUGACGAGGAUGUGGUUGAACUGCCUAAUGAUGUUCAGGUGCUGGUUAAAUAUUUGCUGAGUGAGGUUGAAACAGAGCACAAAAUAAGUGUGGCUUCGAUAUUCGGCAUGGGAGGUAUUGGCAAAACGACUCUUGCUAGAAAGGUAUAUCACCAUGGAAGAUUGAAGGAUUAUUUUAAAGGUUUUGCUUGGGUUUGUGUGUCACAACAAUGGCAACCAAACGACCUCUUGCAAGGCAUUCUAUUCAAGCUUACUCCUGAAAACAGAAAUGUGAUUGUGACGAGCAAACAAGAUGAGCUAGCAAGGCUGCUUCAACAGCACUUGCGAGCUAGGAGGUGUUUGAUAGUCCUCGACGACCUUUGGUCAACGGAAGCUUGGGAUUGUCUAAAAGAUGCAAUCCCAGUUUCGGAGCAUGGAUCCAAAAUUUUGCUUACGACACGUAAUGAAGACGUGGCAGCAUAUGUUGGUCCAAAUGGUUAUCACCACAAACUGCGUUGCUUGACCGAGGAAGAAAGUUGGGAGUUGCUACGAAAGAAAUCAUUGUGGGAGAGUCACGGUGCAGGUUGUGAAGAUUUGGGCAAGAUGGAAGAUUUAGGAAAGAAAAUGUUGAAUAACUGUGGGGGUCUUCCAUUGGCAGUGGUGGUUUUGGGUGGAAUUCUUAGAACUAAAAAAACCCUCAAGGAAUGGAAUGAAGUGCAUGAGAAUAUCAAAUCCUAUCUGGAUAGGGGAGAAAAAAUUGGGAAAGAAGGAGAGGUGCAAAAGGUUUUAGCUUACAGUUACUAUGACCUCCCUUGGCAACUAAAACCAUGCUUCCUUUACCUGGGUAAAUUCAGGGAAGAUUCCGACAUUGGAGUAGAGAGUUUGUAUCAGAUGUGGAUUGGAGAAGGUAUGAUUUUUGAGAAUGAUAGAAGGGAGCAAGAAACGAUGAUGAAUGUUGCAGAGCGUUACUUGAAAGAAUUAGCAAUAAGAUGCAUGGUUGAAAUUAAAGCUUAUGAGGAGGGGAAGCAUGCAGUAACAGAGUUGGAGUCAUGUCGGCUUCAUGAUCUUAUGAGAGAUCUGUGCUUAGCCAAGGCAAAAGAGGAGAAUUUGUAUAAGCUGGUCGAUCGAAGUACUUCACGAGAUUCUCCUCCCGCAACUGAAGCACAGCAUGGUUUAGUCCUCCAUUUGCUUCGAGAGGAUAUCUCUCGAUACAACUUACCGCCAAAAGAACAAACUAAGCAUCUUAGCUCAUUCUUGUGUGAGGCAGCCGAUUGGAGAUAUUUUAAUCUAGGGGUGAGAAUAAUGUCCCAAGUCAAGAAUUUGAAGAUGCUUAGGGUUUUGGCAAUUUUAUCCUUCAAUAUGGCCUCCCAAAGUUGUCAUCUCAAAUCACCUCUGGGAUAUGUCGGUAAUCUUAUCCAUUUGAGAUGUUUGAGAUUGAGGGGUCGGGAUAUCAACUUGCCAUAUUCUUUGGGCAAUUUAAAGUACUUGGAAACUCUUGAUUUAUCUGAUAGUGAUUAUGAUUGUAAAAUACCGAACGUCCUAUGGAAAUUGGAACGUUUGAGAUAUCUUUAUCUUCCGUAUUGGUGGAAGGGCCCUCAGCCUAAGUGGGGCCCUCAGCCUAAGCUGCGGUUGAGCAAGAAGCUGGAGAUACUUGAAUCAUUCAAUAACAGACUUUGCUAUCCUGAAGAUGUAUGCAAAUUAUCGAAUCUCAGAGCUUUUAAAGCAACAGUGUAUAAAAAUCUUGAGGACCUGGAACACAUCAUCAAUCAUAUAUCAAACUUGGACUACAUACACAUUAGCUCACUUAGAAUCGUUGACUUUGAUUUUGGAAGUAACAGGGGUUUGGAUGUUCUUUCAAGGGUGUUGUUUAGUAGGAAUAUUCAUGAAUUAGAGAUCAGGAAUAGUUUAUGCAAGAAGUUACCGGAUUACCAAUCCCAUGUGUUUCCUGACCCUGCAGAACUUACUCAAUUAAAGUUGCGUCAUACUAGAAUUGAGGAAGACCCAAUGGGAACACUUGAGAAGCUUCCUAACUUAAGAAUACUGAAGCUUGGGUAUUAUUCUUUUGUGGGCCAAGAAAUGAUCUGCCACUCGAUGGGAUUUCCCCGACUUAAACAUCUCAACCUUCGUGGGCUGGGUAACCUGAAGCAAUGGAAAGUGGAUGAGGGGGCCAUGCCUAGGCUCUCAGGUUUACGGAUUAAGUACUGUCCAAAGUUGGAAAUGAUUCCGGAUGGGUUGAGAUGUUUGACCACCCUAGAAGAGGUAACUCUAAUGGAAAUGCCUGAAGAAUUUAGCAACAGAGUUAGGAUAGAGAAUGGUCAACAAGGACAAGAUUAUGAUAAAAUAAGCCACGUACCUUCAGUUAAAAUUCACAGUACAGAAGUCGACGAUACAAUUUUCACAAGAUUUUCAAGAAAUUUAGUACAAAAAGAGGAAGCACUUGCAAAUCGUCCACAAUAUGUUGAAGAAUCUGAUUGGAUUUACCUUUGUGACUAUUUCUGUAGUCUAAAUUUUAUGAAGAUAAGUGAGAGGAACAAGAUCAAUAGAUCAAAGCAAAAAACUGCUCAUACAGCUGGAACAAAAUCCUUUCUUCGUCAUAAAGCUGACCGGGAAGCACAAGAAGGGAGGGAAGUUGGACCAAUAGAACUUUAUGACAUCACCCAUUACAGCAAGAAGAAGAAUGCAAUGGUUGACGAAACAUCUGCUAUGAACUUAAGCAUGAUGAAGGAGAAAAAGUUGGAAUCUGAAUCCAGUGGUGCAAAUAGGACUGAAGAAGACAUUUCCAUUGAAGUAACUGGACGUGUAACCGGAUACGUACAUGGCCGUGGUCCCUCCAAAGCUGGAAUAAUUGCCCAAAAGCUUGCAGAGAUAGAUGAUUUCAAGAAAAGAGCAGAACAAGCGGAGAAGCGCUCAGCUGAGUUGGAAAUAACAGUCCAAUCUCAACAACAACUUAUGGAGAAGCUUGUGAACCAGCAAAGUGAAAUGCAGAACCAACAAAGUGAAAUGCAAGAUCUCCUUAAAUCUUUGAAAGCACAGCUGCAAGCCAACAAGUAAGACG